AUGGGUGACGAAGAAGUUCAGGCUCUCGUAGUAGACAAUGGCUCCGGCAUGUGCAAAGCCGGAUUCGCCGGAGAUGACGCUCCUCGUGCCGUCUUUCCCUCCAUCGUUGGUCGCCCUCGUCACCAGGGUGUCAUGGUGGGCAUGGGCCAGAAGGACAGCUACGUUGGCGAUGAGGCGCAGUCGAAGCGUGGUAUCCUCACCCUGAAGUACCCCAUCGAGCACGGCAUUGUGACGAACUGGGACGACAUGGAGAAGAUCUGGCACCACACCUUCUACAACGAGCUACGUGUUGCUCCUGAGGAGCACCCUGUGCUGCUGACUGAGGCGCCACUGAACCCCAAGGCGAACCGUGAGAAGAUGACCCAAAUCAUGUUCGAGACAUUCAACACGCCUGCCAUGUACGUCGGCAUCCAGGCAGUGCUGUCACUCUACGCAUCUGGUCGUACCACCGGUAUCGUGCUCGACUCCGGCGACGGUGUCACCCACAGCGUGCCCAUCUAUGAAGGUUACGCCUUGCCUCACGCCAUCUUGCGUCUCGAUUUGGCUGGUCGUGAUCUCACAGACUACCUCAUGAAGAUCCUCACGGAGCGUGGUUACUCAUUCACCACCACCGCGGAGCGUGAAAUCGUGCGUGACAUCAAGGAGAAGCUGUGCUACGUGGCUCUCGACUUCGAGCAGGAGAUGGCCACUGCCGCCUCCAGCUCCUCCCUGGAGAAGUCCUACGAGCUGCCCGAUGGACAGGUCAUCACCAUCGGCAACGAACGUUUCCGUUGCCCCGAAUCUCUCUUCCAGCCCAGCUUCCUGGGUAUGGAAUCGGCGGGUAUUCACGAGUCCACCUUCAACGCCAUCAUGAAGUGUGACGUGGACAUCCGUAAGGAUCUCUACGCCAACACUGUGUUGUCUGGUGGCACCACCAUGUACCCAGGUAUUGCAGAUCGUAUGCAGAAGGAGAUCACCUCGCUGGCGCCAAGCACCAUGAAGAUCAAGAUAGUGGCGCCACCUGAGCGCAAGUACUCUGUCUGGAUCGGUGGCUCCAUCCUUGCUUCACUGUCCACCUUCCAGCAGAUGUGGAUCUCCAAGCAGGAGUACGACGAGUCUGGCCCUGGCAUCGUCCAUCGCAAGUGCUUCUAA